AUGAAAUAUUUCCAGGGAAGAUCCGAAACACUCGGGUUGCACGAUCUCAGGACAAAGAGCAGAGUUCAAAGGAGCGACGAGGGUUUGAAGAAGUCGAGAGAUACAACUUCUAGCCGACCCUUGAGAAGAAGUUGGCGAUCGCAUCUCAUCAAGCUAAGCCGGAAAGGGCAGAAUAGUGAAGGAUUCUUGCAAGAUUCAAGAGCAGAGAAUGUCGCUCAGUUUAGCAGAGUGAACUUGAUUUGCUAUGCCUCAAAAGGAGAGCCGGGACGUCGGUCUGUCUGGGGUGCACAGGGCGUCGGUUCCUUGGUUGCUCGGAGGUUGAACAAAGGUUCUGCGGAUGAGGCCCAGACAACACAAGAUCUGACUAAAUACUGGAGCGAGUGA